UUUCGCAUUUUGUUAUUGAUUAAAAAUUAAAAAGAAAAACAUUUUUCUGUGUUGCUCUUAAAGUUGAUUUGUUUAUUCACAUUGUAUUAAUUAAUUUAUUUUGUUUUUUAAUAUAAUAAAAAUUUAAAUUUUUUAAAUUAAAGCCUCCUAAAAAAAUAAAACAGUAUAAAAUAUUUUUAAAAAAAUAAAUAAAUAACAAAAACAAUAAUAAGUAAAUUAUCCUAUAAAAUAAAACAAUAAAAAGAAAACUCUCAAAAAUAAUCCCGGAAUAAUUGAACCAAUAUUUUUCCAAUUAUAUAAUAAAUAUAUGUACAAGAAAGUUAUGUAAACCUAUGGUAAAAAGUACAAAAAAUGGAUUUGAAUUAUUGAUUAGUGCUGCUAAAUGAACAUUAAAAUAGUAAUAAUCUGAAGUGAUAAGAGUUUAUUGCAAUUUUGUGAAUCAUGUCAUUAAAGAAAGAAACAUUAUCAGACAUUCAACUUCAUUUGGCAGCAUUAAGAGGCGAUGUUGCAUUGCUUAAAAAAGUGCUUGAAAGCGGCAAAGUACAUGUUGACAGCAGAGAUGAGGAUUUUACGACACCUCUGAUUUUGGCAGCAGCUGGAGGACAUCGUGAAUGUGUUCUUGAACUGUUAGAACAAGGAGCUGAUCCAAAUGCUCGAAGAAUUACCGGAACAACGCCAUUAUUUUUUGCUGCGCAAGGAGGUUUUGUUGAUGUUGCUCGAAUUUUAUUGAAAGCCGGCGCCCAAGUUGAUACAUGUUCAUUAGAUGGAGGCACAGCGUUAUUCGUUGCUUGUCAAGGAGGUCAUGUUAAUAUGGUAAAAGAAUUAUUAAGUUGCGGAGCAAGUGUUAGAACAACGAUGAAGGAUGGAGCAUCUCCUCAAUUUAUCGCAGCCCAAAAUGGACACAAAAGCGUUCUUGUUCUCUUGUUAGCUGCUGGCGCAGAUCCCGAUCAAAAACGUCAUGAUCUUGCAACUCCUUUGUGGAUUGCUGCGCAAAUGGGUCACGAUCAUAUAGUGAAAACGCUUCUUCAACACGGCGCAUUUGUUGAUUCUGUUCGAGUUGAUGGAGCUACGCCUCUUUUUAAAGCAAGUCACAAAGGACAUGCUCAUGUCGUACAUGAAUUAUUAAAAUACAAGCCGAAAUUAGGAGUUCUUCCGAAUGGCGAGACACCCUUACAUGCCGCUGCUCUUUUUGGGCAUUUAGCUGUAGUAAAACAACUUAUUGCCACAGGAAGUUGUAAUGUUCUGCAACGUAAUCAAGACAAUUUAACAGCUGCACAAAUCGCACGACAAGCAAAUCAUAUGGAUGUUUAUCACUAUCUGAUGGAAAAAGAGUCAAAUCAACGAUCUCAUUCUUCGUCGAUUCCACGGAGACAACAGACGAACGGAGCAUUAGCAAUUAAAUAGAGCUUUAACUUUUUUACGUUCCAUCAAAUUCGUUUCCUUCCAUUUAAAAGAGUCAAUAAUCGCAACCUAAGUACCUUAAAUUAAUUUCAUAAUUUUAUGAAAAGUGUUUCCGCAGAAAUAUUAUACACAUAUUUGUUUAGAAUAUAUUUAAUGAUAUUUCCCAUAAAUUGUUAGAUUUAGUUGAUUAUACAUCUGUUAAAUAAA